AUGCGUGUGUAUAUAAAUCCAAAACAAACACGGCACUGUUCCCAUAUCUCCUCUGGGGAGAGGAUGACUGAACAUGUGACAGAUGCUAGUCCCGAUGCUUAAUGCCCGCCUGGAAGGCGCUCUGAUAUUACAGCGAGGAGUGUGGCUUACGAGCCUGCACCGACUAGAUGAGGGAGUGCAAGCUCCCGUGAAUUAGUGGCAGCGUUGGGGAAUAGUGAGUCAGUUCUCAUGGCCCCCAUGAUGCUCUACCCACUCAAUGCGUUGCUCACGUGGCUUGAUCGCUCUUCAACACACCCCUAUGAGUGGAGCGAAGUGGGAAAUGGUGUCACUUUUAUCAGAACUCGGACGGCUGAGUAGCAGCAGGCUAUUGACUGAUCAGCUUUGCUAGCCGUAGGAAGCUACCAAAUGAUAACGAAGACCCUUCUGCUUCCUUUCCAGUCACUUUGUGAACGUAAACACCUGCUGCUGGUCUGUGCUGUGACGGCUCUCAGCAUCCCGCCAGGACGUGGCUUCCCGAGGCGGCCUGUUGCUUAGUACGGAGGAGACAGCAGCCGCUUGUCCUUUCUUCAGAAAAUACUUCACGAGUGCAAGAGUUGCAUCUGCAUCUCGGGGAGAAGGAGCAGCGGGUUUUGUUUUGGUUUUUUUGUAUAUCUGGCUAAAGAGAAUUGCUGCCCCUAUAUCCAGGAAACGCAAGUGAAAGGUCCAAUCAUGCUGGCUGUCAUGCCCCUGUCAGUGCAGAGAAACUUCAGUGAGCACUAAAAGGAUCCCUAACGUGUAGUAGCAAUAGGUCAAACAAGUCUGGGUACAGAGACCCCUGCUAGAUAAAAAGGGAAGACUAUAUUUGCACCAGCUUUUGUUUCAAUUAUCUGGUUUGUUUAUAUUUUGCCUCUGUGCCUUUCCCUCCAUCCUCUGUGCCCUGAAUUCCCAUCAGUGAACUGGGAGUUAUGAUGGCUGGGCUAGGGUCCACUCUCCCUUCUUAACCAGCUAGCCCCUCCUCUGCUGUGCUUGUCGCUGCCUUCCCCUUGGGUCAUACCACCCACAGAUUGCUGGCAGGCUGCCAUCUCAGACUGCCUCUCCCACCCAUCUAAUUUUACGCACUGCAGCCUUCUCUUGAGACCCAUCAGCAAGGAUCUGUGCUCGGCAGAAAUAGCCCUAGGAGAGUAAUGACAGCAAAAUGGUUGCUAAAUAGGGAAUGGCUGGGGCACCGCAGCAGUAAGUAAUUAUAAUCAACUUGUCUCCAUAUUCCUCAGACAUCCCAGGGAUGGGGAGCAGCUGGGGCUGUAACACGUCUUAGAGAGCUGCCCUGAUGAAGACAAUAAGGUAUCAGACGCAUAAGGAAAAGACGUUAAUGUGAUGCAGUUUAUUCUCCCUGGGAAGGGCUGCAACCUCCUGGGAGAAGGAGACAGACCAACGCACAGAGAGCGAGAGAGAGAGAGAAUGGCUGUUGAGAGAAAUGAGACAGAGGAACAAGGGAGAGGAAGACAGAUUCAGAGCUGCUUUUGCAGGAGUUUGGUGUCUGGACUUACUUGUAUUAAAGUUGCAGAGCAUUCUGAAUAAAGAGCAAGUCUUCCUUGGGACCCACCGCUGCCUCGCAAAAACUGACCUGGCUCCGCGUGAGCUGCUCUGGCAGAUGUGGAACUGCAGGAUUAAUGGAGACGUGAUGAAAGCUUAGCCAGCCCCCUGGCAAGCAGGACAGAUGCUGCCUCAUCCCUGACGAUCCGCAAUGGAAGUGCCCAGUACCAAAGACUUCCAGUGGAAAACCCUCGCCCCACUCCCCAGCGGCAGGGUCUACUGCUCGCUGGUGGAGGCAGGCGGCCAGGUCUUUGCCAUCGGAGGCUGCGAUGACAACGGAGUCCCCAUGAACUGCUUCGAGGUUUACUCCCCCGAAGCCAACCAGUGGAAUUCUCUCCCUCCUAUGCCCACGGCCCGGGCUGGAGUAGCCGUGGCCACCCUGGGCAAGCGGAUCAUGGUGAUAGGAGGGGUCGGGAUGAAGCAGACGCCCUUGAAGAUAGUGGAGAUGUACAACAUAGAUGAGGGCAAGUGGAAGAAGAGGAACUCCCUGAGGGAAGCCUCCAUGGGCAUCUCCGUGACGGUGAAAGACUACAGAGUCUAUGCGGCUGGUGGGAUGGGACUGGACCUGCGGCCUCACAACUACAUGCAGCACUAUGAUGUGCUCAAGGACAUCUGGGUGUCACUCGCGACCAUGCCCACGCCGAGGUACGCCGCCACCUCCUUCCUGCGGGGCACCAAGAUCUACGUGCUCGGUGGGAGGCAGUCCAAAUACGCCAUCAACGCCUUCGAGGUCUUCGACACAGAGACCAGGUCGUGGACCAAGUUCCCCAGCAUCCCCAGCAAAAGGGCCUUCUCCAGCUUCGUGCCCACGGAGAACAGCCUCUUCAGUCUCGGGGGGCUGCGGCAGGGCAGGCUGUACCGGCAGCCCAAGUUCAUGAAGACUGUGGAUGUGUUUGACAUUGAGCAAGGUGGCUGGAUGAAGAUGGAACGCUCCUCCUUCCUAAAGAAAAGGCGAGCGGACUUUGUCGCUGGCUACUUGAAAGGAAGGGUCAUCGUGGCCGGGGGGCUAGGGAACCAGCCAACGGUCCUGGAGUCAGCUGAAGCCUUCCACCCAGGGAAGAACAAAUGGGAGAGCCUGCCGCCCAUGCCGACCCCCCGCUGCACCUGCUCCAGCAUCGUGGUGAAGAACUGCCUGCUGGCCGUUGGCGGAGUGAACCAGGGCUUGAGUGACGCAGUGGAGGCGCUGUGCAUCUCUGACUCCUAGCCAGCCCCUUCCCAAUCCCCACCCCCUGGAGGGUCCUGCUCUGAGGUCCUGGGAAAGCAGCAGUGGCGGUGAUGCUGUCUGGAUUAGCCUUGCGUAGUUUGCACCCUGCUCUCUCCUGCUGCACCUCUGUAGCUGCCUUCACAGGACGUCCCGGCAGCGCCCCACCCUCGUGUGCACACACCUCUGAAGCUGUUGGCCAGCAGGGGCUCCUGAUCGUCUGUUAGCCAGCCUCGGUACCCAAGGGCAUCACCCCUUCAUUUCCACCCUCAUCCCUCCACCCUCAUCCAAGACCCCACUCUGACCACCUGCAAAGGUCCAAGAAGGAGCUUGGCUGAGAAGAGCGCCCCAUGGAGCUGGAACAUCGUGUCCCCUGCCAUUGGGAAAGGACGCUUUAGAUCAGGGUAUGCAGGGGCUAUGUGCUCAUUCUCUACUGUGCUUCUCUAACCAUGGCUCAGAGCUGCAGCACUCACAUGAAAACCCUGUGUAGCCAGACACGCUGGUUAAAGAAACCCCUCUGACUCCACUGUUUGGAUGGAACCAGCCUUCCUGUUCUGAUGUGACAUUACGCUUGCCAAGCACCCAGGGUGCAAGACAUCCCUCCCUGCACAGAAUCCCUCGGCGAGCUACAGGGGAACUUCCUAAUCAUAUAAGCUAGAAUGAAUGGUGAGCACCAUCAGCCAGAGAGGAGCCAGUCCAAUGCCUGGAUUGACAGCAACUUCAUUUCCCAUUAACUUGCCCGUUGCUUGUGCCCAGAGCUGAAGCCAAGCGUUGUCAGCACUCCUGGGCGUGCUCUGACAGAGGGAGGCACGGGGGCUAGACUGAGGACCGUUUGAAGCAAACAGAUGACUCUGCUUUUAGCAUAGAACAGGCAGACCUGCCUUCACUUGGUCUGGCACAGAGAUGGGGCCGAGCUGCAACAUUCAGAUCCGGUUCCAGGUCAGGAUUUUAAUGCCCAUGAUGCUCUGGGGUGUUCAGAUCCACGAUUAUUAUUUUUUGGCUCACUUCACAGAUUUUCAAAACCUGGACCCCGAGCUCACUUUGGAUUUCCAACACCCCAAGAGUUUAGGCAAUGGCUUUGGACACACCUCGUCGUACACGCGUCCCACAGCGAAGCCAGAAUGCCACAGCGGUCACUUCCUCUUCCUUGGUUUUGAUUAAAUUUGUAUCUGUGGUUUGUGGCCAAAUGCUCUUUGAUGGAUGGGUUGCGAUUCCUGCUCCUAGCAGCAGCACAAUUAAAACCUGUAUUCCCUGA